CAAGAAUAUCUAGUUUAUUAAUUAUUUAUUUCUAUUAAAUUUGUAAAUUUACUGUUUUAUAACAAUAAUUCAUUUUGUGAGAGAAAAAAAAUAAUGUUAUUAAUUUCAUUUAGUCAUAAACUUCAUCUUUUCAUUUUAUUAACUUUGUUCUUAAAUUAAUCAACAUUAAAAUAUUGAUGUUUGAAAUAUUACCAAUGAAACAAACGAAGAUAGUAAACACAAUUACCAUUAAUAUUUCUGUUAUUAUAUCCUGUGUUAUAUCUUACGAUGGAUAUUAUGUUUAAUUACUUUGGGUGAAAAGAAUAUGUAAAAUGAAUUAAAAUAUAUUUCUGUAACAUUUCAUAUAAACCGCGCAAGCAAUUAUACAUCUAGGGAAUAUUUUUUUGUCGUUUAGUACCCGAAAUUAGUUGCCCCAUCGUCUUCAGCCGCCAUAAGUUCCGAUCAGUUUCGACGUUUUCGUGCCAAGUUUCGUUUUAAUUGUUAUGCAGUAAAAAAAGGUUUUCGUGAAUUUUACGUCAAAAGCGUUGCUACUUCCUGAAUCGUGAGUCCGUCCAAAUGGACUGCAGCCCUUAAAACUGUUUGGAAUGCACUAGCAAACCAUUUGCUAGAGUGAGAGAGGGUUUAAAAAUGCAAAAUUGGAACCAAUGGCAAUUAUCAGCUGGUGCUGUUGCUACUCCAAUGCCGCAACCACCAGUUGGUUAUGCUGCCCCAGGAGCAGAUCCUAUGGCUAUGAUGCAAGCGUACAUGCAAUAUUAUAAUCAACCAGCACCUAGUGGGUAUACAGCAGAACAAUGGGCUGCAGCUCAACAACAGAACUGGGCUCAGUGGCAGCAAUGGCAGCAACAAUAUCAACAAUGGCAAGCACAGUAUGGAGAGAAGUAUCAAGAAACAAUGAAACACAUGUCAGCCCAGAACAUGAGUUUAAAUAAUCAGGUGCCACAGUUACCAAUUGUACAACCUCCACCACCUCUUCCAAAAGAGGACACAAAACCGCCAUUACCUCCAACUACUAUGAACACAUAUCAAUUUACAAGCAUGCCUCCCCCACAUCAAAACAAUCUUCCAUUAUUUCCUGCUAAACAGAACGCAAAUACUCCAACUCAACAAACAAAUAUACAAAAUUGUCCUCAAAAUCCUCCUUUGCCUCCAAAUCAGCCACCAUUACCUCCCGAAAAUAAUAGUAAAGAAAAUAAUAAUUUAAAUGGUAAACGCAGUAGUAAUACUGGUAGUGAAUCUAAUAGUGCUAAGAAAUUGAAAGUCGAAGAUGAAGAACUAACUGAAGCUGAGAAAACAUUUGACGCUCAGUUUAAACAGUGGGAGGAACAGUUUAAUAAGUGGAAACAGCAAAAUGCUAAUCAUCCAGACAAGACUCAGUACAAACAAUAUGAAGCAAAAUGGACAUCUUGGCGAGAGAAACUUAUCGAACGACGAGAACAAAUGCGUAGAAAACGCGAACAACAAAAGCAAGCUGCUGCUAAGGCAGACGAGAAGAACAAAAGCUUGCCAGGCGAUGAUAAGAUAUUGAACAUUCUAUCCAGUACAGAAAAUCAAAGGUUAAUUAAUAAUUUAUUGGGUAUUGGAAAAACUCUUGGCUUAACUGGGAAACAAAAUACCAAUGUACCUCCACCACCACCGCCGCCACCAGCAACAGAAACAAUAACGUCUAAUGUUCAAACGGCAACUUCUUCUCAAGUCUCUCAGUCAUCGACAGGGCAGCUACCAGUCAUGAACAUGAUGUCUUCUAAUAUGAUGACUUCACCUUGGAAUUCUCAGCAAUGGACAUCACAAUACAACGCAGGAGUGAAUGUAUCGAAUUUUCCUAACUUUCAAACUAUGACAGGAGUACCUCCCCCUCCAUUCAAUAUGCCACCAACUCAAAUGCCUCCACCAAACUUUACACAACCACCGCCGAAUUUUCCAGCUGUACCAAAUUUCUCACAGCCACCGCCAGGGUUUAUUAACAACGAUUCACGACAAAAUAGCAAUAUGCAAGGAAGGCCACCUCCACCUAGUAUGCAAGGAAGGCCACCUCCAUUCGGUAUGAACGCUAGUAAUGGUUCGGAUAACAAUCUGAUGCAUAACGAACGUCAAGGUCAACUUGGUUCUCUGAAUAAUUUUGACUCAGUAGGUCAUCAGGGUAGCUUUGGUGUGAAUGAUUCUGUUCGUCAAAAGGAGGGUAUACCACCAGAACGUUUUGGUUCAGAUAGUAUAAAUGAUCAGCAAAGUAAUCAGUUUCGCAAUGAUAUGUUCGGUCCACGAAGUGAAAAUUAUAAAUUAAAUGAUGAACGAGUAUCUGAAAGUGAUCAGUUUAGAAGGGAAGAUAGGAAUUAUCAAGAACAUGGAAGUCAGUUCAAUCAGCAGAAAAUAAACUUCAACAACGACAGAUUUACUUCUGGAAGUGAUUGGUUUGUGCCAGGAAAUAAUCGUUUCGGUUCAACGAACGACAGAUUUGGAUCUGGAGACAACAGAUUUGUUGUUGGAAAUGAUAGGUUUGGACCAGGAGGUGAUAGAAUUGGACAAGGAAACGAACCUGUUAAUGAUCGAUUUGGUCUAAAUAAUGAACUUUGUAGCCCUGGAGGUGAUAGAUUUAAUAGAAAUAAUAUAGAUCGUUUUGAUCAAAAAGAUGUAGGAGAUAAUAGGCGUGAUAGUUUUCCAAAUACUCCAAGAGGUUUCAACAGAAAUAAUCAAUUUGAAUCAUCGGACAAAUUUGCUCCAGAACUUAAGAAACUUAUGGAAAAAAGGAGAGCAGCGAUGGAUGUAUUCAAACCAAGUUAUCUUGAUUCUGACAAAAGUAGUACCGUCGGUUCACUGAGUGAAAGCUUUAAAAAAAUUACAGGUGAUUCUCCAUUCAUGAAGCCUGGUGGAAACCAGAAUUUUGGGGCUCGUGGGUCUUCCAAUUUUGCAUCAGGUGUACCUAGUAAUUUUAGAAUGUCCGGAGAUUUCAAACUUCAAGGAAGUCCUGACUUUGGACCACAUGGUUCUCCAGGAAUUGUACGCAAUAAUUCGUUCGAUUCACGAGAUGGAACUGGAAGUUCGUUCAGAGGACCCAAUUCUAGCCCACAUGUACAAGAUUUUAUAAAUACCGAACCUAGAUCGGAAAUUGUUAAUAUUAGAAACGACAUGGAUGCGAAAAAUGAGAUUAAAAAUGAGUCUCCUAUUGUAGUAGAACAAACUGCGACAAACGUGACUGAACAAAAUGUCGAUAGCACACAGAAAGAUAAUUCUGAGAACUAUUCAGUACAAAAGGACAUUCCAUUAUUAGAAAAGCCACCCUGGAUCGAUGCUCAACUUCCCGAAGAUAAUUCAUUGCAGAAGGAUGGUAUUAAAGAGGAAGAAAUUCCAUCUGCAAAAUAUAACUCUUCAGAACAGGAUUCACAGAAUGCAUUCAAAGAACAAAGAGAAGUACAAGAGCUAUCUAAUAAUGAUAGUGAAAAUAUGAUAGAGAAAAAAACUGAGGUCUUACCUUUCAUGGGAGAAAAUGAUCCGAAACCUGAAGAUUUAAAUAUGGAACCACCUCCUGAAUUACCUAAUUUAGGUCCUGUUCUUACAGACAUUAAUAAAACUAUUGAUUCUAUACAAAAAACAGAUGAAUCAUAUGACACAAAGGAGUCUUCUUUGAAACUUGCAAGUAAUACUGAAUCUUUUGAUCCAAGAGGACCUUUUGAUCCUCCAUUUGGUCCAAGAGGAAUGCCAUUUAGACCAAAUAUAUCCUUCUUGAAUCCAAGAGGUCCUAACGAUGUUAGACUUCCUAUGUUUGAAUCACCAUUUAAUUCUUCUGGUCCAAAUCCGUAUCCAUUAGGUCCUCAAGGACCCAACGAUGCACAAUUUGGUCCACGAGGCUUAAACGAUGGGCAAUUUAGUCCAAGAGGCCCGAACGAUGGACAAUUUGGUCCAAGAGGUCAUAACAAUACACAGUUUGGUCCUCGAGGUCCUGGUGAUGGACACUUUGGUCCAAGAGGUCUUGGCAAUGGACAAUUUGGCCCUAGAAGUGUCAAUGAUGGAAUGUUUGGUCCAAGAGGUCCUAAUGAUGGAUUAUUUGGACCAAGAGGUCCCGCUGAUCAGUUCGGACUAAGAGCUCCUAAUAAUGUACAAUUUGGAUCCAGACCUUUGAAUAUUGGACAAUUUGACCCCAGAUACGAUGUUCAGUUAGGGUUAAGAAGACCUAAUAAUGGACAAUUCGGCCCUAGAGGUACGAGCGAUGGACAGUUUGAUCCCCAAGGAUCUAAUAAUAGGUCAUUUGAUAAUCGAGGCCCUUGUGAUUCUCAAUUUGUCCCUAGAGGACUGAACGAAGGACAGUCUAGAUUUUCGGGACCCAAUGAAAAACUUUUUGGUUCACGACGCAAUGAUCUAUCUUAUCAACGAAAUCCAGCUGGUUCAAAAACAGUAAACGACGCCCAGUUUCCAAAUAGAUUUAAUGAAAAACAAUUUGAUAAUUCCAUUGAUGGAUGCUUUGGUUCACAGGGUUCUAAUGAUACAUAUUUUGGUUCACGAGGUCCGAUAGGUGAUACAGUUGACACUUCUUUCCCAUCUCGAGGUCAGUCUGAUAGACCCUUUGAUAAUAGACUUGAUGCUAGAGGAAUUGGAGAAUUUAGAUCGAAAGGACCAAUUGACAACAAUUCUGGCCCCAAAAUUCCAGGUGAAUCAGAAACAAGUGGUGAUGGUGGAAUAUUCGCUAAUAAUGAAAAAAUACUAAUUGACGAAAGUAUACAGCAAAGGCAAUUUGAUUCUAAUGACAUACAGAAUGCUAGCUGGAGGCAACCAUACUCUAGAAAUAGUUUUGGAGAUAUAGAUCAAAGAUCUGGACGAGGUUACUCUGAUAAACCCAUGUUAACACAAAAUGAAUCGUUCAAUCAGAUUGCAGCGAACAAUAUAGAACGACGAUCUCCUAUGAAUGGAAAUAAAUGUAAUAUUUCUGAUAAAAGAUCAGAGAGGAAUAUGAAUGAUAUGACAAUAGGUGAUUAUAAGAUUGGAUAUUCAGAUCCUUCAUCAGGUUCUGAUUAUACAAAAUUUGAUAACUCUAAUAUGUACAUAAAACGAUCCAUGGAUAAUCGACAGUCUCAAAUCAGGUGUCCACCUGUGAAAGAAUUUUGCAUAGAGAAACAAUUUAAUUACAAUCAUGGUGGGGCCGGCGGUGACAAAAAAUUUCUUGAACACAUACCUGCUAAAGUAAUAGAUUAUGCUCAUACUUCUCGAUCAUCGAUUCAAGAUCACUUAACUCCUGUGCAGUGUUUUGAUUAUGGGCAUGGUAAUUUAAAACCAUUAGUGCCAGAGCAUGAGAUGUAUCCAACAAAAGAUUUUAGAAAUUGGGAGGAGAACGAGCAGAAUUUGAAAGACUACACAGAGAAAAUAAGAAGGUACGAAUGUUAUGCGAGCAAGACUGACUCUAGACGGUCAGGAGACUAUAAGCAAAAAAGAAAUAGUGAAGAAUUUAUCGACGAUAAGAAAUCUGAAAGGGAACACAAAGAAAAAGAAGAUUAUAAAGUGAAAGAACAUGAUGAUAGGAUAUUUGACCACACAUCUGACAAAGAUUUAGAUAAUCGCUAUGAAAAAAAUUCUGCAAAAGUGUUACAGAUACUCAGCAUAAUGUCUUGGAACUUGCACCAAAAACCUUGGAAUUGGCAAAAACACCAAACUACACAAUGGUCGAUGACUUAUUGUGUCCUCCAGGUCGUCAGAACAGACCACCAAAAAUAGCUAUAAUUUUAAGGGGUCCACCAGGCAGUGGAAAAUCUUUUGUAGCAAAACUUAUUAAGGAUAAAGAAGUUGAACAGGGAGGUUCUGCACCAAGAAUAUUAAGCCUUGAUGAUUAUUUCUUAGUAGAGAAAGAGAUAGAAUCUAUGGAUGAUAAUGGAAAGAAGAUUAUAGUUAAGGAAAUGGUCUAUGAAUAUGAGGAAGCAAUGGAACAAAGUUACAUUGCAUCUCUUGUUAAAGCUUUUAAGAAGAACAUUACCGAUGGUUUUUUCAAUUUUAUUAUACUAGACUGUAUUAAUGAAAAAAUAUCCGAUUAUGAAGAAAUGUGGAGUUUUGCUAAAACGAAAGGUUUCAAAGUAAAAGAUGAAAUAAAUAGAAUUAUAGAUUAUUUUGAGCCAACUCCAAACUAUCAUCAAAAAUUAGAUGUUAAUUCAAUGUUACAAGAACAAGCAAUUGAAGAAAUCGUUUGGAUGGGUUAGCAAAAAAGAAAAAUGAAGGGAAAGUGCAAACUAUGAAAGAUUUCCUUCAAGUUCCCGAUUAUUAUAAUAUGGAAGAUACUUCUGGUAAAAAACGCGUACGAUGGGCAGAUUUAGAAGAACGUAAAGAACAAGAAAAAAUGCGCGCUGUAGGAUUUGUAGUUGGUCAUACAAAUUGGGAUCGUAUGAUGGAUCCCACAAAAGGAGGAAGCGCCUUAACACGCACAAAGUAUAUAUGAUUUAACUUUACUUCUAGGUUACCUAGAAAAUAUGAUAAAAACUAGUAUUAUUCACAUGUAAAUAAUUUAUACGAUUAUCUUCUAAACAAUGAUUUUUUUGUAUUUUUACAAACUUCAAAAGAAAACUUCGUAGAAACAUAAUAAAAUAUAUAAGAUCAAGUUAUCGUUCAAAUUUACGAUUAAAAUCUUGUGUAAAAAGUUGCAUUAUAUUAGAAAAAAUGUUUUUUUUAUAGUAUUAUUGAUAUCAUAGACUGUUUUCUUAGUAAUACUAUUCUCUCACAGUUAAAUGUUACAAUUUUAUAAAGUUUCUUACGAAUUUGUUAAUAUCGUGAUAUUUUUAUGAAAAAAUAUUUUUCAAAUCCGAUAAAUUUAUUAUAUUUUCACAAUUUAUUUGAACAAAGAACUUAUAGCCAAAGCAUUAUAUUUGUAUUUACGUAAUUUGUAUAUGUCUGUAUAUGUAUUUAUAAAUUGGUCCAUUUUCUGAAGAGAAUUUUCAGUUUAGAUGACUAAAGUAAGAUGAUGUGUGAUUUUAAUUUUUCUAUAGACUGUAAUGUGCAUUUUUAUGAGUAUAAAAGAAAUUUUUUUGUACAUUUAUAUAUGAAAAAUAUUUUCUUUCUGAUUUGAUUUUCUUCAAUUAUAUAAAAAAUUUUUGAAAAUUAUAAAUGUUGUUUUAUUCUAAGCAUUUGAAACAUCGUCGUUAUCAUAAGCGUCUUUUCUAUAAUAUAUUUUUAUAUAAGAUAUUAGAUAUUCAAUGCCUUAUAUGAUCAUUGUUAUAUUGCAGGUUUUUCUCACUAUCAUAAUGACAUAUUUUUAUUCGGCUACAAUAGUGUACAGAAGUGAACACUCGAGACGUCUACAAAUAUUCAAAUUCUUCAGAUGAUGUAUGGUUCUAAUACACCCUUAUAGAAAUUUAUACAGCUACUGUAAAAUCUUAUUAAUUUAUGUAAAGCAUUCUGAAGUUAUUGUAUAUAUCAUUAAUGGAAUUGUUUUUAUUAUACAUUUUUAUAUUUACUUUAUGCAUAAUAAUCUAUAAGAUAGAUUGAAAGCUUAAGUAUAUGCGAUCAUCAUACACUGCCUGUUCAGAAUUAUAACACUGAAAAUAUAUUCAUUAUUCGGUUUAAAGAAUAAUUGUAUUGAUAAAGUAAAAAAAAAGAAAAAUAAAUUGUAGAAAGUUGUUUGAUAUUUCAGAAUUAUUAUUCUAAUUGCAUUAAAUUUGUGUUUCAAAAGUAGGAAAGUAUAUUUUACUUACAAAUCUACAAUAUUAAAUGUUUUGCAAUAACUAUAUUUUUAAUUAUAGCACAGACGAGGUAUAUGAAUAGAUAUUGCAUUUUACGGAUUUUCCUGACUCGUGAUCUAAAAUAUCGACAUAUUAAAAAAUUACUGGUUUUUUAGCGCACUUUACGUUUAAACAAUGGUGCGGUGGGGAACUAAUGAAUGCACCAGGAAUAUGAUUUUUGAGAUUCAUUACAGUGUUGUCAAAUAUUCAAUACCGAAAUGUGAAGCUCGUCUAUGAUUAUACCAAGUAAAAUGAUACAAACAAAAUGUUUAAUUGUAUCUUCAGAUUCCCAAACACAAGAUUAGUAUUUAAAAUUAUUCCAUUUUUUUAUUUGUGUAUUUAUGUGUAGAAAGAGCUCUAUUCAUGUUUUACGAAUUCAUCGAUUGGUUUUACGUUGGAAACGAUAAAAUCAGUUUAACAGGAUUUCUUAUUUAUUGAAAUCUAUUUAGGGACGAAAUGGAUCUGAUUUUUAA